ACCAACUCCUAGAUCAUCCUACAUCAGUCAUAUCAUCCUAACCCAACUCAUACUACUUUACACUUCUCACGAUGCGAUUCUCAACUACCCUUUUCUCUCUACUCGCGGCGACUGCGGCAACCGCCCUGCCCCUCAAAGCUGUUGAAAAUAUAGCAGCUGAGGACGUCUCACGUCGAGAUGCCGCUGCUGACGACACUAAAUUACCCCUAACUACCCGUGACGAUUACGACGAUUACGACGACGCGGAACGCGAGAAGUACGAGGAUAACCUCGAAAAGCUACGUGACGGGAACUGUGGAGAAGGCUGCCAUAAUUCCAUUGGCUCGUAUGAGUCUAAGCAUUGGAAGAGGUCCAACUCACCCCUAGGCCGUCGUGACAACGAUGACGAGGAACGCGAGAAGUACGAGGAUAACCUCGUAAAGCUACGUACCGGGAAUUGUGGAGAAGGCUGCCAUAAUUCUAUUGCCUCGUAUGAGUCUAAGCACUCGAGGAGGUCCAACUCACCCCAAGGCCGUCGUGACGACGAUGCUGAGGAACGCGAGAAGUAUGAGGAUAACCUCGAAAAGCUACGUAACGGAAACUGCGGACAAGGCUGCCUCAACUCCAUCAACUCGUAUCAGUCUAAGAACUCGAGGAAGUCGAACUCACCGUCCAACGCAAUUCUAAUUCCUCGUGAUGACGACGAUGCUGAGCGCGAGAAGUAUGAGGAUAACCUCGAGAAGCUACGUAACGGAAACUGCGGAGAAGGUUGCCACAAUUCCAUCAACUCUUAUCAAUCCCAGGCCUCGAGGAAGUCGAAGGCCCUCGAGGAGGAGCAGCGAGAGAAGAAGUACCACGAGGAUGAUAAGUAGAUGCUUUCUUGGCGAGAGAAGGGCGUUCUUGGCUAAUUGUGGGACACGUAUUUUAUUCGACUGAUUGAUGGACGAAGGGUAACAUGAGAGUGCACGGCGGGACAUUGUAGUCAUCCGGCAAGAGUUUGGACACGGUAAUAGGUUCCUUGACCGCCAGUCUCUCCUUUCGUGUCAUUAUUUGAACAAUUAUAGUAGAACUUCUGAGACUUGUUAUAUUUCAAUCUUACUAUU